AUGAUGUACACAAAAAUGUUCAGUGUGUAUUUCUUCGGGAGCUCUUUCCUGGCCACUCUGCUGUUGGCAUACCAAAGUGACAGUUGGGACUACAGGACGAGGCUAAACAUAGCCUCACUGAUGGCACUCGCCAACUUCCUAGCAGUGGCAACUGUGUUCAAAAAAUACGUCUACUCUGUAAAAAGAGACGCCAUCACGAUUUUCGUAAAUGCGUUAAUUAUUUUUUACUAUCCCUUAGUCAUGUUCCUCCACUUUUUUACGACGAGUGAGGUCCGAUCCAUGAUAAAACACACCUUCAAGAACAUAGCAUUCCACACAGUAGAAAAGUCUUACAUGGAGAAUUGCAACUCCUUCGACAACGUCAUGGACAAAAUUGACGUGUUCGUGGCAGCCCACUUGGUAGGCUGGUUCAUCAAGACACUGGCCAUUCGUAGUUUUUUCAUGUUAAAUUUCAAUAGCGUAUUAUUCGAAUUGAUAGAAUUAAAAUUUCAGCACAUUUUGCCCAACUUUUACGAGUGCUGGUGGGACCACAUCAUAUUAGACGUCCUUGGGUGUAACUUGGCGGGAAUCCUGAUAGGGCUCCUCGUUUUGAAGUGGCUAAAUUUUCCACUAUUUCCCUGGAAAAUUCCAGGAAAAUUUAAACCGAAUAAAAAGGGCAUCAUAUUUCCAACCGUGGAUAGACUGUUAAGGAAGGUCUUUACAAAUAGCAGCUCCGUGGUGCUGUUAGUUUUCUACUCCCUGAUGACGAGUCUGAUCGAUUUAAACUUAUUUUUUUUAAAGGCCGAAGUGCAUUUGUUGCAAACGAAUUUUUUAGUACUAAUACGGGAAACAGUCAUCGUCGCAAUUUCGUUUAAAGGCAGCAUUCACCUACACCGCGCGAUUACAGAAAAGCUAAACCCUAAGCGCCUGUACUACAUCAUUGCUACAUCGGGAAUUCUCUUGUUAGAACUUCAUUUGGCCAUAAGGUGGAAACACAACUUGGUGUCGGACAAGUCUGACCUUACUAGAAUUAACAUGGUUUGGCUUUCGAUGGGUUCAACCCUUUCCUCGGCGAUGGCACUUCUCUACGUCAACGAGUGCCUAAUUUAA